CUAUAUGGCUUACGCGUUACGCCUAUGGUCUAAUACGUGGUGCAUUUUUGGAAGGGUCUCGAAAUUCCACCGGAUGUCUUCUUCGAUUAUUUCAAGAAUUUUUAAAGACUGUGAGAGAACAUUUCAUAUUUUUACCUGGUCCCGCGGAGUCAACAACGUGUUGUAAAUAAUCACCAGAGGACCUCUAGAAGGCUUUGUGAGAAGAGUGAGAAGAGAGAAUGGCAUCAAAAGCUCCUGCGAAGAAGAAUGAUCGAGGCGGGUCUAGCAGAGUCCUGGGGAAACUGAAGAAGAGCGUUGAAGAUGGCGAUUACUAUGAAGCCCAUCAAAUGUACAGGACCCUCUAUUUCAGAUAUAUCACACAGAAGAAGUAUGCUGAAGCCAUAGAAAUGCUCUAUUCAGGAGCAUCCCUUCUUUUACAACACAAUCAGCAUAUGAGUGGAGCUGAUCUCAGUCUUCUGUUGUUAGAGGCCUUAGAGAAAGCAGAAACACCAAUCUCAAAAGAAAACAUUUCAAGGAUCGGUAGCUUGGCAAAGCAGUUACCUCCUGAGGCUCCGGAGAGGGGGAAGUUUAUCGUGGCAGCCAUUAAAUGGUCUCAGAGGGAUUCUCCCACCAGUCGAACUGGAGAUCCAGAACUCCAUAAAGAGUUUGCCAACAUGCUAUGGCAAGAAAAGAACUACUAUGAAGCCCGUUAUCACUUCUUGCGAUCUUCAGAUGGCAAGGGAUGUGCCUUAAUGCUCGUUGAGUACCAGCUCAGCAAAGGGUACGGAAGUGAGGCCGAUAUGUUCAUCGCUCAGGCAGUACUUCAAUACUUGUGUCUGAGGAAUAAGACUACAGCAUCGAUCACGUUAAAAGUCUACACUGAGAAUCAUCCAGCAAUCAAAAGCAAACCUCCCUUCAUUUUACCUCUCCUUAACUUUAUGUGGCUCCUACUCCUUGCAAUCAAAACUCAGAAGUUGACAGCCUUCACCGUGCUCUGUGAGAAGUACCAACCAUCCCUCCAGAGAGAUCCAACCUAUGCAGCGUACCUUGAUAAGAUUGGCCAGGUCUUCUUUGGUCUACCUCCUCCCAUGCCGACAGGUAGACAAGGGUUUAUAGGCAAUCUCAUUUCAAGUCUGUUUAGUGGCGAUGGUGAUGAUGACGACGACGAUGAUGAAGGGCUAGCCUCAUCUCCUCCAGCUUUCCUGGUUGAGGACUUGGAUUAAUGCUUCAAGAUUUUAUUGUAAAUGAUUGCAAGACAAUAAUAAUAAGAGAUUUAUAUUCUUUCUUCUUAUAUUUAACUUAAAUGUCAUAUUCUCUUGUCUCUUUUCCUAUUUCUAUGCAUUUUCCUCCUCUUUCUCUGUUUCUCCUCUUCCUGGCCCUCUUCCCUUUCCUAUGACUCUUUCUAUCCUCCUUCUCUCUGUCUGAUUUAUGGGUGUGAAAAUUUUUAAAUGGUAUUUUAUUUUCUCUCUUUUUUCUGAUUCUUUAUCCAUGAUCGGACUUCCAUUCAUAUAUCACUUUUGCGUAUAUUACAUGUGUUUUGUUAUUUGAUUCUAAAGCUUUCUCACAUCUUUAAGCAAACAAUGUCUAUGUAAAUGUUCGGUAUGUGACGUUUUACACAAGAUGUUAUUUCUUUUAAUAUUUCAUAGUAUAUGUCAUCUUAGUCACUUUUAACUAAUGCUGCAAAAAUUGUAACAAAAAUAGAAAAUUUAUGAUUUCAUCUCUUUGUCAUUCACUCCAAAUGCUACCAAUGUUUCUGUCGUUAGACAAAUGAUAUUAUUUCAAUUAGUACCUUUUAAGCUGAAAUGGAAAUAAAGAAUCAGCUAGUUUUUCUCUAAUAUAAAAAAAAAAAUCCAGCGAAGUUUCUAUUAAAGAUGAAAUAUGGAAAAGAUAAUUCCAGCUAUUUCUCUUCAAAAAGAUAAUAAGAGAAUUUCAACAAUUUUCUUUUCAGAUGAGAUGAAAGUAUAAGAAUUCCAGCUUGUUGCCUUCAAGGGCUGCUAGCAGGCAUAUAAGGGUUUAGUAUAAAAAAGGGGGGAUGUAUAUAGAUAAAAUGCUUUGUCCAACAUGGACAUUUCUAUAUGUGAAUAAGCGAAAUUUAAUACAUUGCAUUAUUUGCAAUAUACAUUGUAUGACCUUUUUUCAAUAUGCUUUCAAAAUAUUGAUAGGAUUUAUUUUAAAGUUUUUAAUAGAUAUUAAAAUGGAUCUCUUUAGAUAUCAUAAACUACAUUGAGCUGUAUAACAUUGUGAAUGCUUUUGGUAUUUUGUAAUUAUUGUUACAAUUUUUUAUCUUCAACAAUUCCCACUGAUUUUUUUAAGGUACUCCUCAUUGGUGUACAGUUCAGGAACCCGUUUCAUAAAACCUUGUUAUCAUUACAAAUUCACAAUCAAAUAAACUAUCAGCCGAUCAGAUCGAAGGAUUUCAGAAGCUUUCAACUAUUAUUGCUAAUUUGUUAUUAUAAACAAGUUUAAUGAAACAGGGCCCCCAGUUAAAUUGUAUCCAGCAGCUGUAGACUUGUACAUUGUCUCAAUUCUGUUGAAACAAAGAGUUUUGUAUCUAAAACUCAUGAAAUUUGCAUUUAUGCUUUAAAAAAAUGUUUUUUUACUUCAGCAUUUUGUUUUAGAAAUGGCUAUUUGGAACCUUAGAAAUGAUUGUUUUUCACAGGGUCUAAUUACAAAUUUAUUGAUAUUUGGAAUGAGACAUACACAGUAAUGUACUAUGAUUCCAAGAUGUUGUUCCAAUUUGCAUGUAUACUCAUAGUAAACAGCUCAUUUUUUUCCCAUUACACUGUGGUUGUAAAGAAAUACGAAUGAGCUUAAUAAUAGGAUUUUAGGUAAUAAUGUGGCCUUUUCAAUAAAAUAUUUGUUGUGGCAUGAUUUUUGUUUUUAUAUAUGUAAAUUUGGUAAAAAUGUAUAUGUUAUAUUAAGGACUUAUUUUGAUUUUUUAAAAGUUAUGUUUAAUACAUCCUGUUAAUUGGCACGUCAUUGCUUUAUGCAAGUAAAUUAUUUCAAGAUGAAUUUUGAUUAGCAGCCUGGCAAGGAGACAGGGUUGCGAAAAGGAACGAGUGGGAGGUGGAGGCUAGAGAUUUAAUGAGGAAAUAAGGAUGAACAUGGUCUAAUUGUCGAGGUUUCUUGAUAUAUGAAAUAUAUAGGGUGUCAAAUGGGCAUGAAGUAUGGACUUAAAAAUGGUGAUGAUGAGGAGGAAGGGGAGAGAGAGGGGGGGGGGGAGAAGGGUUGGUGGUGGUGGUGGUGAUGAUGUAUGACGAUGAUAUUGAUGAUGGUGAUGAUGUUGAUGGUGAUAAAGGACAGAUUCUCUGUAAUGAAAGGCACUAAAUUAAAUGUAUUUUCUGUGAGGAUAAUAGAUUUAUGGAAAUUCUCAACUUUUUGUUAAUUUUCCAUUUGCAACACUUGAAUCUUUAUUAUUAUUUUGUCACAUGACUUGCGUGUUGGAGAAAAAAAAAGCGUUUUAAACACUUUGGAUGUAAGAAUGCACUUAAUUUAUUAUCUAGUUUCCUAAGUAAAAACGUAAUCGACUCCUAUAAUAUGCAUUCACAUUUUAUUUCAUGAAGUAAACUUCAACAGAUUUUAAUGUUUUCAUUUGAACUGUGGCAAAUUUGUUUUCAAUAAGUACUUCCUGUAUUUAAGCAUAAAUGUAUAGGUUUUGUCUUUGAUAAUCACAAAUGGUUUAUUAAAUGCUGUAGCAAUAAAAUUAAGAGCACAGCGUUCAAAAAUGAAAGGUAAAGUCACACUCUUUUGUCUUUAAGAUGUUUUAUGGUAGCUCAUCACAUCAAAGUUUAUCUCUCUUUUAAAAGAAAUGUACGGUAGUUUGGCAAGCAAUUGGUAAUAGAAUGAACAUAAAUAAAUAUUUGGGUUGAGAUAAUGGGUCUCUUUUUAAAGUUCUGUUACAUUGCCAAUGUCUCCUUUAUGUGUUAUCUGUUUUCUUUGACUCAAAAAUUAUUUUUUCAAUCAAUAAUUUCUUUAUUAUUUACACAAAUAAAUAUUAUCAAUGCUUCAA